AUGGCAGAAGACCCUGAUAAACCCUCUACCUCCAAGAAGUCGGACGAAGCACCUCUCUUUCCUCCCGCCAAGCCAGGAAAACGGGUGGAUUAUGGAACAAACAACACACUGGAGCUGCUGGAACGGAUUCCAAGCCAAGUGGUGGAUCUCAAGCUGGACGAUGUGCUGACGGCUGUGAAAGAAGUGGACAACCUCUGUGACUAUCCGCGCUGCAAGACCAAGACGAGUCUAAUGGGUCAGGACUGUCACCACUGCAAGAAGAGGUUCUGCUUUAAGCACGGAUUGCCGGAGGUGCACGGCUGUGGGGAGGAUAUCAAGAAGGAGGAGCGCAAAAACUUUCUCCACCCAAAGCCGGUGAAAACGAUACGCCAGGAGGAGGAUGUCAAGAAUGCAAAGAAACGUCUUGAUGCAAAGCUGAAAGACAUGCAGGUGGGACGCAUGCAAAAGGCUAAUGGCGGAGGAUCCAAGAAAAAGAAAGGAAAAUAAGAUAGCUUGC